CUUUGACUUGGAUUCCUGCAUUGAGCAGGGGGUUGGAUUCGAUGGCCUUAUAGGCUCCUUCCAAAUCACUUGUUCUAGGAUUCUAAGUGUACCAGUCAUUUCUAUGACAACCUUCUCUGUUACUUUUCCCAACAAGCCCAGUACUGUAGUAUAAUUUUUGUAAUUUUGGCCCUAUGCAGUGUUUUACUGCCUAUACUCAAAGCUUUUGGAAAUGAGAAUUAAAGACUAAGGGAAUGAUCAGCAGUGCUCACUUAAAAAAGAAUGUUGCAUUAAUAUUUACAUGCAAAAUUGUGUCACUUGCAUAGUUACCUGUAGUUAUUGAUUAUAGUUACUUAGCUACCUAUCAAAUGUAUCAAUCUCCCCUGCAAACAUUGAUCAGUAUCCUACUAAUAAAGUAGUUUCAAUUAGUAGACCAACUGAAUCCAGUGCAAAACACUUACAUAAACCCCAUAGAACCCAUGGAUCUACUCUAACUGGCAAUAGAAUACUGGGAAGUCUUUUUGACACACACACCUUUCCCCUUUUGCUUUUUGCAAGCUUUAUACAGCCAAAAUCUACGUGCUCCUACUGAACUGCACACCAUGAAUUUUUGUCAGAUGAAAAUUAGUUCAAAGCUCAGACUUAGUUUCUCUGUUUCUAGCUCAUAAUUUAAUUCCUCAGAGUGAAGUUCUAGCUUUUCAAGGUCUCUUAUCUUCUGGGGGCAGUGUCAUGAGCAAGGGCUGCAUAUAGGCUGCCAAGCAGGGGCCUUAGCAACAGAAUAGGAAGGAUAGGCUGGGGUGAAGGGAAAAGCUCUGCCAUGACACCUUAAGCCCAUUAAUUUCUUGGUCGCCAGGGGAGACGAUGCUUCUCUCCUCAUCACAAAGGGAUUUGGCAAAUUGGACAGGAAGGAGAGGCAGGAAAAGCACAAAUCUUACCUGCCCACAGAGCCAGGCCACCUGCUGGCAGUUUUAGUUCUGUGGGAUAGUAAGGCACAGAUACCAAGGAGGGCAGAAAAGGCUCUGAUCGCUGAGGGAACUCGACCAGUCUCUGAAACAUUUAGGGGCAACAUCUGAUUCCCGUUUGCCAGCUUGGUGGAUCCAACAGGAUUUAAGUAGCUCCAUCAUUUACUCUAAUUGGAUUGGAUUAUCUUCCACUUCUCUUUUAAAGACAUUUGGAUCUCCUUUCUAACAGAGGCCUUCUUUCUUUUAACGGCACCAAAUAAGAAUCUUGGAUUUUUAAAAAUAUUUUCUUAAAUUUUUAAUUAAAUUUUUGGUUUUUUACGGAGUGACUGGAUGGUUGAUGCUGCAUCUACCUCUGCAGUGUGAGUUCUUGGCCUCCAGUAAGAAUAAUCUAUUUCCUUCGGCUGUCAAAUCUAUUUUGAACCCUUCUCCUCUCCCCAUUCCCCACCCCCUUCCCCACCUUCCAAAACCAUCGCUGUCGUGGAGAUGGCCUUACACUGGGCAUUGCUUUGCCUCAUGUUUUCUCCUCUCGUACCAGCUUCUGAAUAUGCCUUGCCCAAAUUUAUUUGUAGUCCUAUGCCACUGGACAUGGAUAAUGGAUGCCAGUCAGCUACCCAGCAGCGACAUGGAGCAGGCACUAACAGUGGGGGCACUGGGCACUGGGUAGGGACUCUUGAGGAAGCCAAGGAAACAAUCCUGCAUCUGCGAGAGACAGUGGUGCACCAGAAGGAGAUGAUCCUGGACCAGAGGGAGACAGUUCGGGAGUUGACAGCCAAGCUAAGCCGCUGCGAGGUGCAUUCUCGGAGGCAUGGUGGAGAGCACCACGGAAGUCACCAUGAAGAAAACCGCAGCCAUGGACAUGGCCAUCAUGAAGGGGGCCUUCGAAACCUUCACGAGAGUGGGCAUCGAGCCCACCAUGAGGAUAGUCACAGGGCACAUCAUGAGAACGAACAUCCGACCCAUCAUGAGGAGGAGCAUAGGGGGCAUCAUGAGGCUGGACACCGAGAUCCCCAUGAAAGCAUUCAUGCCAGAGAGAAUGAAUACCAUCAUUUUGGACAGCGGGAGCAUCAUGAACUACAGGUAGGGCACAACACCCAUGAUGCCUUUCGCAAGGGGGCUGCAGCUGCCAACACUAUGGAGGAUCCACCUAAGGAGACAUCUACUGGAAUGCACCAGAUGGAGAGGAUGUUGGAAUCACUCAAGGAGAGACUGGAGCAUCUGCAGCACAACCGGAACAGCUCAGUCUUCUCCACAUCCCUGCGUGAUGCAAUUCAGAAGAAGAUUAGCAUCUUGGAGCAUCAGAUCCAUGAGAAAUUAAAUACUACACAACAUCACACUCAUGGUGCGCCCAUAGCAGCAGGGCUGAGGCAUAAACAUGUUUCUCACGGGCACAGUGUUGAGAAAGCUCAUUCCCACAUCUCUGAUCCCCUUUGUCCUCCAGGGCACAAGGUGGAGAAGCAUUCUGAGGACUUCCGUGUGGGAUUUCCCCUCCGGACCAACUACAUGUAUGUCAAGGCUAAGCCCACUCUACAUCAUGAGAUUUUUGCCUUCACCGUCUGCCUCUGGCUCAAAUCAAGUUCAGCACCAGGAAUGGGCACCCCCUUCUCAUAUUCGGUGCCAGGCCAGGCCAAUGAAGUGGUACUCAUUGAGUGGGGAAACAACCCCAUGGAGCUGCUCAUCAAUGACAAGGCUGCCACGUUGCCACUGACCAUUAAUGAUGCUAAGUGGCACCACAUCUGUGUGACAUGGUCAACCCGGGAUGGCAUUUGGGAGUCUUACCAGGAUGGGGUCCGCAGAGGGAGUGGAGAGAAUCUAGCUCCCUGGCAUCCAGUGAAACCUGGGGGUGUUUUCGUUCUGGGCCAAGAACAGGACACUCUUGGUGGCCGCUUUGAUGCCACUCAAGCCUUCAUCGGGGAAAUCUCAGAUUUUAACAUGUGGGGCCGUAUCUUGACACCAGGAGAGAUUUACAAGAUGGCAACCUGCGCUAGCGACAUUGGUGGUGACCUCAUCAAUUGGGCUGAAGCCUCCAUGGAGCUUCAUGGAGGAGUGGUCAAGCUACCAUUUAAUGCCUGCCACUGAGAAGCCACAACUUCUGGGUUCUCCGAGAAAAGAACAAAAUCUAAUGGUGGAAGAUGGGGGUGGGGGUAGGGCUGGGAACAAGGAUCCACAAUUUCCUGGAGAGAAGAUACCUAAAAAUAAUAAUAAUUUUAAAAAGAGGGUGAUUCUUGGCUUCCUCUGGAAAAGGAAGAUACCCUUGGUUUCCUUUGAUGGAAAAUGGGAUAUAUGUGGCAAGUUUUAUGUAAGAAGCGUUUAGAUUCUGGGAGCCAGAAUUUCUGGAUUUUGAGCAGGAAUGCAAGACCAAAAUUUUACCUCAGGGGAAGGAGGUAGAAGUUCUGUUCAAUGGAAGAGCUUUAUGGAGUGGAGGGGUUUCUGAAAUAAGGACCAUUCCCACGUGUUAUAUGGUAAUAUUAUGUUUUAGAAUUAAGAACAUUUCCUUUCUGUAUGAGAUAAAUGCAAUGGGGUCCCUCCUCAUGAAAAGUACACAAGGAUAGAUGAGAUGAAACUGAAAGAUUGUACAUUUCUUGAGGUCAUUUCUUAAAGUCUUUCUUAAGACUGUGAUUGGGUAGUAGUGGCUCAUUGGAAUGUAUAUGGCAGCAUGGGACUGUCCAACUUUUGGCAAACUGCAAUGUGCAUCUGUCUAGAAAAGCAGAAGCCUUGGUUUUGACUAGUAGUGUCAUUCUGUGGUCUUUGUUAAGUAAGCUUGGUAGGAACUGGAUGGGAGCUGAGCUUUCCACCCCCCUUGUGGGUUUUCUUCUGUUCCUUUGAGGAAAUAAAUGGAAUGCAUUACUGUAACUUGAAAUGUUUGGAGACUUCAGACUCUCCUUCUUUAGUUCCUGUUUUCUCCCAAACUUAGAUAGCUAUUGAUGAACUCAUACCUCAGCUUUUUUGCUUUCUCCAAUAGGGUCCGCCUCCACCUUUCCUCCUAACCAUUCCUUCAUACCCUACAUGUCCUCACAGGGGAUUUGAAAUUCUGGCUCAGCCCUUUUAGGACCUAUUAAGAACAAGGUCCUGAUCUUCCUGUUGAUUUUAAUAUCUCCUUUCCUCACUGCAGGAAUAAACUUUCAGGAUCUAGACCCAUGUACAGGAUUUAGGGAAGAUCUAUGGGGUUAUUUUGGACACUUCAUCAUGCAAAUAUAUGUAUAUAUUAUAAAAAAACAUUUAUAAAACAUGUGCCUCUAUAUUUGUUGCAUUGCUGUCUAGGUGGAUUCACACAAUCAUUUUUCUGCUCUUUUUUUCAGUACCAUUGGUUUCAGGUUCAAGCUGGUGCUGAAUUUGCACACUGUAGACUAGUCCUGGGGGUGGGGAAGACAUUGAGCUAAACCAUAUCGGAGGAUCAGCGGUAUAAUUGAAUAUAUAGAUUGAGCUAAAACCUGAAGCUAACUCAUGUGACUGUAGAAGGAAACUGAAAUGUGGAUCAAUGGAAUGUGGUCAGAUUCUGGAAACACCACGAAGCCAUGUUGCAUAUCACCAAAAAUUAAGAUUUAGUUGUUAGUACAGCUGGCUGAGUUUAGAAGCCGCAAAUUAUGUUGCUAGGUUUGCAGCAGACAAAAACUAGGGACCUAUAUUGUGUGUUGUGGAAAAGGGCUUAGGCACCUACCUUUCUCCUAGUAUUGCUGCUCCAUUCAGAUGAAGCUCUUUCCAGGCGGAGUUCACAUUAAGGCUCAAAUCCAUAACACGUUAAUUAGAUAAAAAGAUGGCCACAAGCUGAAGGUUACACAAAUCAAUGUUGUCUGUGCAAAUUCAAUCUGGAUUGACUGGAAAGUCCGUAUGAGUUGGGGAAAAGACAUUGAGAAAAUGGUUUUAUCAAUCUCUGUUGGUACUCAUAGUAGAUCUAGUAGGUUGGAUUUUGAUUGUUUAUAUUUUCUUUCACUGUCAUACAUAGAAAAGGGAAGCUAUGGGGAACAGUAUAGAAGCCAAAACACUUGACUGUCUGGAAAUGGACCAGAACAUUAGGAGCAGUUGUGCCUCAAAGCUAGAAUACUCUGGAAAACUAGGUGUGCCGUUGUCGAGUGCAUGUAAGAUGGGGGCCAAAACAGAUUGGAUUCAGAGCAAAAUGAGGAAAGAGCUCACAUUCACAAGCUGUGGUUGUGUGUACACAAACAGGAGAAUAAAAGAGAGGAGUUCCACACUCCCACACCCACACAGUAUAGCUCUUUUGAUUUUUCUUUGCUGCAGAUCUAGCACCAGUGGCACCAUCAGGGCAGGACGGGGCAAAGAUCCAUGACUCCGUUCAGCAGAAUGAUCAUAAUUGUCCUUAAUUAAAGCAAGGAUGGCCAACCCCAUUUUGACAUAAAUGUAAGGCACACAAACAUCUAAAGGAGGGGCAAAUAUGAGACAACUCAGUCCAGAAAUUGCCUCUGAGCAGUAUUUCUAGGUCUGGUUUGUUUGUAAUGUGAAGCAGAAAAGAACACCAAAUGUCUUCUGUUGCGUGUAUAUAUAUAUAUACAGUAUAUAUAUAUACUGUAUAUGCAUAUAGAUUUAUUUUUAAAAUCUCUUUCUCUUUGUAAAUACUGGAUUUUUCUGGCGUUCAGCAGUGUUUAUUUUAU